AUGAGUGAGUGGCAGGCAGUGUGUCAGGGAGGGGGAGUGAAUGGCAGGCAGUGUGUCCCAGCCAGUGAAUUAAUAGCAGGAAGGAUAAUAAAAACAGGGGAAACCGAAAUAAGAUAUGGGGACAUUAUAGAUGACAAGGGAGUCCACAAAAAUUAUAUCGUUUUUGAUCCACCACACCUAGAUUUUAAAGAACAUCCGACAGGCAUGCCACUCAUGAGGAAGGUGGUGGUGCAGAACAGCAGUCCAGACACCAGUGUACAGCUGCACUCCCUGUCUGGCAACACGCUGCACUUCCACUGCACCUUCUUCCAAGACAAGGUGGUGGUGCCCGGGGGAAACACCUCAUUCGACGUGGUGUUCCUGGGGCGGGAAGAAGGCCUCAUUGAAAACACCAUCUUCAUACACACGUCCAUCGGCACCUAUAAAUAUGGGGUGCGGGCGGUGGGCACCAGUAACCCCUACAGACUGCGGCCGCUGGUGGGGGUCAGAAUGCCCCUCAACUCAUCCUACUCCCCCCUCAUCCAACUCCACAAUCCCCACCCACACUCCUUGCAGGUGACAGAGAUGUACAGCACCGGAGGCGACCUGCACCUGGAGCUGUUGUCUGGCCUGCAGGAGGGACAGAAGGCCAUGUGGAAUAUCCCGCCCUACCACACACAGCCGCUCAUGAGGGCUAACUUUGUGGCGCGGCGAGAGAACAACCACACUGCUUAUGUCAGGAUUGUGACGAGCGAGACAGACAGCGACUAUUUGGUGGUUCCCGUGGAGGUGGAGGUGUCGGGUCAGCCUGGCCUCUUCUGUCCCCACGACGGGCUCCACUUUGGCCUCCGCACCCCCCAUGACCCGCCCACCACCCUCCCCCUCCACCUCCUCAACUCGGCCCACAAGCACAUUCACAUUCAAAAUGUGAUAACCACACCAGUCAAUGAGGCGAUAACCAUCGAUUUCCGGCCCAUGAAAAUACCACCGGGCACCGUCAGGCCGACUCAAGUGGCCACCGUCACCUUCGAUCCCUCCAAAGUGACCAGCGGGAAGAAAGUGUCCGGGAAGAUCUUGGUGAAGAGUAAAGUGUCAGCGUACAAGCUAAGCGUUCCCUUCACUGUCGACCUUCUGCAUGGGGCACUGCUCUUCAACACAUCCAUCACUAAGUUCUACACAGGCACAGACCCCCGCACUCCAGAGUCCAGUGGUGGUGGGGGGCUGACACUUGGGUCGCUGGCGGAGAGGGUGCUGGGUGGGGAGGUGCUUGGUGGAGGUGGAGGGAGAGAAGGAGAGGGAGGCGGGGGAGGCACCAGUCACCCUAGCCGGGAGCCUCGGAAUCUCACCCUCACCAACACCUUCCCUUGUCCUGUCGUUAUCUACAAUCUGACGCUCCCUGAUGAGGCUAGAGCGCACUUUGAGGUUGGGUGGGCGGGGCCAGUGGUGGUGGGGGAGGGGCAGAGCGCUCACGUGGCGUCACUGCGGCUCCUCAGUGUGGGCACGGACGCCAGACUCUCCACCUCCCUCACGGUGCACACCAACAUCACCACCAUCAAGAUCCCCCUCAUCGCAUACAAUGGAAAGCUCACCAAGUACAUUCCACCGCUUGGGGGUGACUCCUGGCUGGACUUUGGGACGCUGGGGAUGGGCGACCAACGGGACCUUUAUUUCUAUGCCAUCAAUGAGAACCCGGUGGAACUGCGGCUGUGUGGCUGGGGCUCCAACCUGACCCGGAGUGCAGUGGAGCUGAUGGGAGUGGAGGAGGGGAACAUCACCUCCAUCAGGACCCGCAACAACAUGACCUACGCCUCUAAGAGUCUGUUUCUGAAGCCAAACCACUAUGCUGUGUUCCGCAUUGGAGUGGUCACGCCGGACACAGAGGGAAUAUUCAUCGCAGAGUCAUACGUACAGACACAGUUUGAGCAGAUCAAGAUUCCCUUCAGAUUAAGGACAGCGGACGGAUCACUGAGUGUCGUGCCCAACACCAUUGUAUUCCAUAACUCUUUCCCGGGCAAAAUCUCGCAACAAAACCUUCACAUCCUGUCCACGUUUGGCCACUCCAUGACGGUGAAGGAGGUGAAGCCACUGCCGGGGGACAUACGCUUCUCAUAUGAAUCUAGUCGGUCUGGGCUGGCCACGCUGCAGCCCGGACACAAGAGUCACAUUGGCCGCCUGGUGUUUGACCCCAAGCUGGAGUGUGGCUCUGAGUGUUAUACAGGCUUCCCCCUUACUGGCAAGAGUGGCCAGCAAUGGGUCAACACACUGUCCCUCACUUCACAUGUGGCCGACACAGACACUUCUCUCUACUCCACGUUGCGUAGCCGUUACCUCAACCUCUCCGCUGGGAUCUUUAACACGUCCAUUGUCCUUCACACAUCGGAGGUCCACGGCUUCCACUUCACAGUACAGGCUGCAUUAAAAUGGCCGCUGCUGUGUUCCCCGUCCCACCUGACGUUCCCGCUGACACAAGUCUUCAACACCAGCGUGCAGGAAGUGUUUGUGGAGAACCCUGCCAGUGUGCCGGUGGUUGCUCAGAUCCUGCUGCUGCAUCACUACCCAGCACCACAACACAUCCUGUCCAUCAUACACCACCAACUGCCAAAAGACCACACACUACUCGGGGAGGAGGGCGGAGGGCUGGCCGGGAGUGACGUCUUCUCUCUAAUUGACGUGGACAGCAUCAGUGGGAGCAGCGGUGGUGGUGGCAGCAGCAGCACCCGGGCAUCCCACAUGCCUCCCCCGGCGCCAGAGAUAACAAGCGGCCUAGCCCAGCACCGCCGCACCCUUGAGGAACACUUCAAGACCAGGGUGGCCAAAGACAGCAUUGCCAUCACCCUGGAGCCCGGCGUCAAGGUCAAAGUGCGUCUGUCCUUCACGCCGCCCGAUGAGAGGACCCACACUACUGUGCUGCUGGUUCGCAAUAACCUGACAGUCGUUGACACAAUGCUGGUCCAGGGCCGCGGUGGGAGAGGCUUUCUCAAGUUUGGCAACCGUAAGCCUGGCUCAGCCCUCCCCCUGGCUUUCAAUAUUGGGGCCAAACACUUAAAGGACUGUGAUAGUGGGCGCAGCAGCCGUUACUACCAGCCAAACUUCACAGUGAAACGUUCGUUUGUGGCACGUAACACGGGAGAGCUGCCGGUGCAAGUGUGGGGCUUCAGGGUGAAUGAGGCGCAGUGUGAGGGCUACGGCUUCAAGGUGCUGGACUGCCGAGGCUUUCAGCUGGCACCCAACACCAGCCACAGGGUGGACAUUGCCUUCACCCCAGACUUCACACUGGCCAAGGUGCAGCAGCGCCUCGUCAUCCACACCAGCCUGGCUGAGGUAGCAGGUCAGGCGGGUCCCUCCGGCCAGGUGGAGUACUCCCUGGUGGCCACUGUGCCCGCCCAGCUUCUAGCAGAGUGUGGGGCGGCCGUUCCACGCCCCACAUGGGAGGCGCCGCUUUACUAUGCUGUGGUGCUGCUGAUGGUGGCCAUGCUGGGUGGGGCGGUGGUGCUGGCCUUGCUGGAGGCUGACCACAUUCUUAAGAUCACAGUGGUGGCCAUGACCACCACUGUUCCAGCCAAUGGCCAUGUGCCGCCCUUCGACAAGACUAAAGUGUUUGAUCUCCAUGCCAUUGGUCAAUCUGACACCCGCGGUUCCUCUGCCGGACUCAGGAAUGGCUACGUCAAUGGCCACGCUGUGAUGGAACGACCCAAGAAAGCCACGGCCAUGCAGGAUGUGGUGGCCAAUGGCCGCAAGCCUGGUUCCGGUGGCCGCAAGACUGGCCACGGUUCGGCUGCCUCCUCAAGUACAAAGACUCGCUGCCCUCGCCCAGCAGACUCGAAGGCUGCCAGUGCAGACAGCAGCGGGCCAACCUCCCCCCCCUCGGACCAUGUGGCCGCCCACAAUCAAACUAAGAAUAGUAACAAAAACAAAGGAAAUCAUUAUAUCAGUAAUAACAGUAACAAUAAUAACAAUAAUGUCAGUAACGUCAAUAAUAACAAUAAUAAUAUUAAAGGAAGCAACAAGAAUAUGGGGUCCAUGUCAUGGACGAGUUUCUUCCAGCGAGCAGUGGGCAAGGUGGAGGGCAGCAGCGGCAGUGGAGAGGGACGCGAGGCAGGCCGCCGCUGCCCUUCCUCCUCCUCCUCCUCUUCUACCACCCGGGAGGAUGCAGUGGCUGUACAGCGCCAGUCUGUGGGCACAGAGACAGACCUGCCGCUGGUGGAGGCACUACACAGGGUGCGGCGACGAGCACGACCCGUCCCCACUCACCAGGAGGAGGAGACGUCCUCUACCACAACUGAGAGCUCUAACACUGAUGAGCUGUCCCUCGGUGAGGCAGGCUCCGGCAGACAACCAGAGCCUCCUAUCCCUAGCCAGGCCAGCAGCAGCAGCUGCAGUAGCAGUGGCAGCAGCAGCAGCAGCAGCAGUAGCAGUAGCAGCAGUGGUGGCAGUGGAGGUGGAAACAGCAGCAGCAGCAGCAGCAGCAGCAGUCGAGCUACCAAGAAGAAGAACACCAAAACUAAGAGUCCCACCACCAAGACGUCUGGAAGCCGUGGCGUCACAGUCAUUCCGCACCACGAGGAUGCCGGCCAUGCUGGUGUCGGCGGUGGCUUUGAGUCUGGCACUGCCAAGGCCAAGGGUGGCAAGAAGGGCCGGGAGUCGGGCAGAGGAGGAUCGGUGGAUUCCUUUGUCCCGGAGAGUCUGGAGCUGCCGUACAGUGUCAAGCCAGUGAGGCUCCUGGAGUCUGGGCGGGACAAGGAGCAGCCGCCACGCACGCCCCGCACCCCAGCCGCCGGCAGCAGUGGCCGCUCCUCUCCCACCACUUCCUGGGAGGACCCUCACCAGACACCACAGGAACAGGACAACAGCCCCCCAGUCUUCAGCCCCAAGCCCCUCCCAGCACAACCCCAGCCUCUGGCACCCCGCGAGUCCUCUUACUCUGCUAUCUUGCUCGGCACGGACAAGCAGAAGGCCAAGAACACACCCUUUGCCAAGGUUAAUCCUGAAGUGAAGCGAGUGGAGAAGCCCCUUGGAGUGAUUGGCCAGAAGACCACCAACCCUCAUGGGGCUGGGGGUGCCCUGGGGGCACUACGGGGCAUCUCGGGACCCGCCGUCACCAUGGCUGCCACCAUGGCGGCCGUCCCUCUCCUCCCCACACCAGACCACCAUCCUGCCCCACCCUUCUCCCAACACUCUCUCAAAGAUGACUUCACUCGCAGUCUGUACAGUGCGGGGCACGUGGAGCCCUCCUCUCCCCACAGCAUCCACUCCUGGGACCCUAAAACUCUCAGCGCACCCCCUGCCCUCAGGCCUCCCCCGGGCCUGCCCCAGCAGAGCCAUGACACCAGCCACCGCCAUCCCAGUCUACAAGGUGAGGAGGACUGGCCCCGCUAUGAGCACUUGCAGGUGGCCAGCCCGCUGUGGACUGAGGGGAGUGGAGCGACAGGUGCCGGCUACCACCACCACCCUCACCACGCCCCACACCCCCACCACCAUCCCGAGAGCCCCACCUCUGCCCCCACCCCCAGUCUGUGGGACUCCCUUUCUAAUAUCUGGUCACCUCCCUUCUGGGGGGCAGAUCAAGGACAGAAUCAGCUAGCUUCCCACCACCAACACCACCAACACCACCAACAACAGCAGCAGCAACAGCAGCAGCAGCAGCAGCAGCAGCAGCAGCAGCAGCAGCAGCAGCAGCAGCAGCAGUCUCCAUGGAAUAACUCCCUGCAGCAGAGUGUGGCAGUAGGUAAUGACGCCAGCGGUGCCGUCUCUAAAGGCUUGGGGUUUGAUCCGUUCCACUCUGUGGGGAACAUCUGGUCCUCCCCGGCCACGCACCCCACAGACCUGUGGCCGCCACACUCUGCCAAGAAGGAUGUCUGAGCUGCCACUGCUGCUGCUGCCACCACUACACAGCUUUCAAAUCUUUUAUCGUUUAAAAAUUCUGACGUUUUCCGAGAGCCUGACUUGCUUCAAGCUGCAGGCUCUGAUGGAAAGUAUGUUCCUUUUAUUCUGCAUCACUUAUUUUUGCUGACAGAUGAAGAAGAUUGAAGCGUAGCAUAGGACGGCCUUUUACUUAACUUUUUGUUGCAAGGAAGUGUGAGCGUGGCCAAGCAAACGUACUGAUUUUUCUUUGCUAAGAUUUUAGGCCUGAUUGGCUGGCUUCACUGCUCUAGCUCACCUACACAUGGAGGGAAGGAAGAUUCUCUCGCUAAACACUCAUGGACAGUUUUGUUCAGCGUUUUGGAUUUGAAAAACAAGAGGUUUAUAUUUUUUGAUUUACUUAACUUUUUGUGCCAUAUCGAGCUAUUGUUUGCUGUCUGAACAGCCAUGGCCACCUUAGGACAUUUUAAUCUCAGCAAAUCACUGCUCUUUGUGAUUUCACUGCAUUGAUCAUAAAGUCAACUUAAGGUUUGCAAAACCUUACUCUGCGACAGAUUACUCACCGCUUCUGAAACUACAAAUAUGCCAAUUUGCCAAACCCACCAGACUGUGAGGGGCAGACCGAGGGUGACUGCACCAUGCCACUGUGAGACAGUGUGAGAUCAGACUAUAUGUUGCUGCGACUGGAAAAGGAACACUAUACUUGUGCUGGCAUAAUGUAACACACACUCUCACCUUGCUGAUAUACUCCCAUACAGUACAUUGAUACAUUUACACACCACACCACACUACCCCCCAUGUGCCACAGUCCAUAGUAGUGCACUCAUACAUCACACUGGUAGCAUGAUUACUGCUGCUAUACAGCACAUUCUGCAUUAUAUGAAUAGCUACACACACACACACACACACACACACACACACACACACGGCCCGGUAGCUCAGUGGUUAGAGCGCUGGCUUCACAAGCCAGAGGACGGGUUCGAUUCCCAGUCGGGUGGAGAUAUUUG